UGUCUUUGUAUUUUAGAUAGCUGCUGUUAUCCUGCUUUUGUGUACCUGUUUUUGCAAGUGCUUGAUAGUUUCUCGCAUUACAGCAUGGCCAUCAAGCGAAACAAAAUUGUAGAAAAAGUCGCAGAAACAAUCCUCGAACUCAUAUGUUGCCUGAAAGCCCUACAUCCACCAAAGAAAGUUUCGUCAUGCAACAAGGGUGUGGUGCUAGCAUUUCAGCAGACACAGAAUUUCCUACUCGAAAUGUGUAUCAUCCAGAUGAUCAAAAUAAGCAUUCGGCCGAAAAAAAUUCUCCCACCAGCCAUAAAAAUAUUCCUCACACCCAUAACAAAAAACAAAAAAGUGUUGAAAAUAUGUCAUCCAGCAAUAUGGAUGCAAUUCAAACAACUGCAAAUCAGAUCGAAUUUGGCCAUUUUGAUGGAGUCAGUAAGGGCCAGGCCUUCUUUCAGAGAAACAGGCAGGGAAUCAUUCAAGGAUAUGCGGAUUUCGGAGACAAGAAUUAUAAGUGCAUUUACUGUGGUGCACUUUUUUGGUUAAAAGAAUCCAUUAAGCAAAAGUUGAAAAACAAUAAGCCUCUUUUUACUCUUUGUUGCCAACAGGGAAAGAUCAAACUUCAAAUGCCAAAACCAACGCCCUUUUUUUUAGAAAAUUUGCUUGAUCCAAAUAAAGGCCACAAAAGUGUAUUGUUCAGAGAGAAUAUCAGGGUCUAUAAUUCUAUGUUUGCAUUUACUUCAAUGGGAGCCAAAGUUGAUCAAUCAAUUAACAAUGGAUCAAGCCCUUACAUUUUUAAAAUUAGUGGUCAAGUUCAUCAUUUAAUGGGCUCUUUGCUGCCUCCUGAGGGUCAAUCUCCAAAAUUUGCCCAGCUUUAUAUAUAUGAUACUCAUAAUGAGGUAAUGAAUCGCCUUGAUGCAGUUAAUUGUAACCAAAAGAAUGAAAAGCUUGAUCAGAGCAUUGUGCAAGGUUUGAUUCAAAUGUUUGAUGAAUCAAAUGAAUUGGUUAAAAAUUUUCGAACAGUCAGAGAUAAAUUUGAAGAAGGUUCUCUCGCUCCUUUAAAAAUUACAUUGUUAGGCAGGCAACCAAAUGAUAAUAGACAAUAUGAACAGCCAACAUGUGAUGAAAUUGGCGGUUUGAUAGUGGGAGAUAUAGGCCUUUAUGAUUCGAAUAGAGAUAUUGUUAUAGAGUUUAAAGAUGGAGGGUUAAAACGUGUCACAAAAUUAAAUCCAAAAUUCAUGUCUUUGCAAUAUCCUAUUCUUUUUCCUUAUGGUGAAGAUGGAUACACAACUAAUUUGAAAUGGAACAAUGGUUGUAGAGGUCAUGAAUCUAAAAGAGGAAGAAUUCCCAUGAGAGCCUUUAUAGCUUAUCAAAUACAAGAAAGGAUGCUUCAACUGGACACGUUAUUAAAAGGCGGAAGAUUGUUCCAACAAUUUUUAGUGGACGCUUAUGCUGCACUUGAAGAGGAUCGAUUGGAUUACAUUAGAAAAAAUCAAAAAAAUUUAAGGAGUGAGACAAUUUGGACAUCCUGA